UAGAAGUGUCAACCAUUUUGAUGUAUCAUCGUCUGUUUUAUUAUCGUUACUCUUUCUAGUUAAAUUUAUUAUAACUAUGGGUUUAGCAACUGUGAUAGAAAAUGAAGCUCAUUUCCAAUCUGAAAUGGCUAAUGCUGGAACUAAGCUGGUUGUAGUAGAUUUUACAGCAACCUGGUGUCCACCGUGCCAGCGUAUUGCUCCAUUCUUUGAGCAGCUCCCAGCCAAGUUCCCACGUGCUGUAUUUCUUAAGGUCGACGUAGAUAGAUGCGCCGAAACAGCCAGUGCACAGGGUAUCAGUGCGAUGCCUACAUUCAUAUUUUACAGAAAUCGUGCAAGAAUUGACCGGCUGCAGGGCGCCGAUCCUUCAUCCUUAGAAAAUAAAGUAAGACAGUACUAUGGCACUGAAGACAGCGGUGAUGAUGACAAUUCUGUUGCUGGACAUAUGGAUUUAAAUACAUUCAUUGUAAAGAAUGAAUGUGAAUGUCUGAAUGAAGCUGAUGAUCAUCCACUGUCUCAUGCGCUCACAAGUGCUGAUGGGCACUUGGCUAGUGACUGUGAUGAACAACUCAUCAUAAAUAUUUCAUUCAAUCAGCUAGUUAAAAUUCAUUCAAUCAAAAUGAAAGCACCAAGUGACAAGGGUCCAAAAUCUGUUAAGGUGUUUAUUAAUCAGCCGAGGACACUUGAUUUUGAUCAAGCUGCAGGAAAUGCAUCGGUUCAGGAUUUGGAGAUAUCUUUGAGUGAUUUAGAAGGUAAUCCCGUACCAUUGAAGUUUGUCAAGUUCCAGAGCGUUCAGAACAUUCAACUAUUUAUCAAAGACAACCAGUCGGGGGAUGAAGUAACACAAAUUGACCACUUAGCUUUCUAUGGCUCACCAAUUUCAACAACCAACAUGGGUGAAUUCAAGCGAGUUGCCGGUAAAAAAGGUGAAAGUCACUAGCCUCGACUAUUGCAGUGCUGUCGGUAGUUCAACACCAACAUUAUUGUGAUGUAUUGUGAUGUAUUUUUAAUAUAUCAGAAACAAUUUUCGUUUAUUUUGAAGAUGCACUAGCUGGGUACUUACAUGACAUUCCUUGUACUGGUGUUAAUAAGUUUGUAUAUUUACUUGUCUUAUAAAAUUCACAAAAGAAUCUUAUGCACCUCACCACUACCAUACAGUAUCACAACAUUUCGACAUACCUCGCUAGUCAUUUUUUAUGCUUUACUGUAAAGCGGGACUCGGACAGCAUUUUGCAAUACCAAUGUGUCUGCUAUAAGACUAAAAUUAUAAGACUAAGUGAAUAUGUGUCUAGAAUAUUUUAUUCAUAUGCAUACCCAAUAAUAUUAAACAAUUGUUCAGACUGUGUCAAAUGUGUAGCAAACAUAAUAUAUUUUCUCAAAUAUUUAUCAAGUAGAGACUUUGGCAUAUAAAUGUAUGUAAUGGAUAUAUGAUUGGAAUCUGUUUACAGAAAUUUGUAUAAGCAAUAAAUAAAACAUUUUAUGUGUAAAA